UGAAAGCCUGUGAUCAUGGCUGCACUGGAGGAGAAUUCACUGUCUCCCUGGCAUCUGAGCCGCACAGACAGAGAGACGCUCCGCACUGCAACAAAAGGAGGAGAGCGGAGUCUGAAGAGGAGUGAGCACAGGAGGAUGGAGCUGCAACGUGACGCUUCAACCUCUCAGAGAGACCAACAUCUCAGGGCUGUGGAGCUGCAGCGGCGCUGGCUGCAGCUGCAGGAGAGAGAGCGCAAGGCCCGGCUGCGCAACAAGCAGCUGCUGCAGGACUUUGAAAGAGCCCAGGACACCCUGAGAGACAUGGUGACUCGCACAGCGACCAUGAAGACCAUCAGGAUGGAGUAUGAGCGGUACCUGGAGGAGAACUCCCCCCGCUGGCAGCAGCAGCUCAAGGAGAAAACACUUUCCGCUCAGAAGCAAAGGAUGGAGGUUUAUCUGACGGAGUAUCUGAAGAAGAUAGAGGAGGAGCAGGUGAUGAUGCCCUCGGCUGAAGCCCAACCUUCACUUUCACAAGGUCCUCCCACACAGCCACAGAAAACUGCAGCAGAUAAACACCCGGGAUACUACAGCCAAAACAGCUGCCCACACUACGACAAAGAUGGCCCGUCUCGUCCCCCAGCCCCCUCCAUGCAGUCGUCCUGGCCGACCCACUGCCAUCCCCACUCAGCUGGUUUCCCCAGCAGAACACCCUGCCAACCCCAAGGCUCCUCCCAUGCCCCUUCAGCCUUCCAUCCACUGCCAAGCUUUCAACAGCCUCACCGCUUCACCUCCACACCCAGUCAUCAUCACUCCCUGCCCCAGCCGAGGCCACUGGGCUGGACUCCCCUGCAGAUGGACCACGCCCGGUCCCGGUCUGAUGGCGUAGCCGGGUUCCCCGCGGGUCACGAGGCUCUCUGGGCUCGGCCCUUCAUGGCAGAGCCUCCCGGGUGGGGGGUGAUGCAAGGUGUGGAGGUGGGAGCUGAGAGGAGCACAGGCCCAAGCUCUGAGAGAGGCAGCGGGAGAGGAGGCAGGAGCAGCGGCUUGUCCCAAGAGCUGGACGUCAAACCAGUCCGUCUGUCCAGUGAGAGCGGCAGGGACUCCAGUCAGGGAAGCAGAAAGAGCGGCGGCAGGGAGAAGAGGAGGAGGAGGGCAAAGACGGGAAGAACAGAGCGUAGUUCCUCAGCCGGAGAAGAGGACGGCUCUCAGGAAUCAUCUGGGGCUUCUAGUACUGUUGUCGCUGCCUCGGCCUCAGUGGCUCAAGGCUCGGAGAGCGAUACUUCAUCAGGGAAAGGCAGCAGCAGCAGCAGGACCCAGAGGGGGAGGAGAAGGAGCGCAGGACUGUCUGUCAAACCGCCAAGGAUGGAGACGACAAGGGAAAGGACCAGCAGCGAGGGAGAGGGAGAUGACUCUGAGAGUGACAAGGAAGCGAGUCCAGUUCCUCAGGAGGACUCAGGGAGUCAAAAGGAGGGACCCAGGAGUGAAAGACAGGGGAAUCAAAGUCCUGACAACAAGUCAGAGAGUUGUGGAGAGGAGUCAGGAAGUCCAGCGGAGAAGUCAGAGCGCGGCAGUGAAAAGACUGAAGAUGAAGGUGCCGAGGGAUCAGAGGAGCAGGAGAGUAGCAGAGGGGACAAAGACGAAGAGGGAGAGGGUCGUGAGAAGGAAGCGGCAGAAACAGACAAAGACGGUGACGAUGAUGACGACGACGAUGAGGAGAGCAGCCUGGCAGAUGAUGAGGAAGAAGACAAAUUGGAGGACGAUGAUGAUGAGAAGGAGGCACCUGGAAGAAACAGCACCGCAGAGGAGGAAGAGGAGGUGGAGGAGCAUGAGUGCGAGGGCAGCGAGAAGGAUGAGGAUGUGUCUCAGGAUGGUGAGAUGGAAGAGGGUGUCAGAAAAGGAAGUGCAGACAAGACAGAGGAGGAUGAGGAGGAGUCCGACGAGGAGGAAGAUGAGGAAGAGAAGCAGAGGAGUCAAGAGCCAGAGGAGGACAGAGAUUCAGAGGACAGCAUCAUCGUACCGCAGGCACCCAGAUCUAAAACCAUAAUACACAGUAUUCCUGAGGAAGAGGAGGCAACUGGUGAUGAGGAAGAUGAUGAUGAUGAUGAUGAUGAACAGGAGGGCGAGACAGAAAGCUCUGAUGAAUUCAAGGAUGAGGAUGAUGAUAUUGAAAGUCUCCUCGCACCUCAAGCAGAAACGCAGAAGAAAAAAGAAAAUGUCCCGAAAGCUGAAGACAAACCUAAAGCCAUAGUGGAAGACCUGGAAAAUGUCUCCAUGGAGCUGGGCAGAGAGAAAAACACAGCCGAAGACGACUCUGAUGAGUUUGACCAUUUCUAUGACUAAAAAUGAAGCGUUCUUCCUGUCGGAGCUCAGAGUGAAGGACAAAACCUGCCUGUUAUUUAGGGUUAAAUCCAUGUAUUACACAGCACA